GCUUCGGGGCUGGAGUGAGACUGGAGGUUCGUGCGUGCUCUUUCCUCCCUCCCUGGAGGCCUCGCUGUUAUCAGCCGGCUGGGUACAGGCUUUGUGGCCUCGGAUCUGGGCGGAGACAGCCGGGGACGCUCACGCACACGGGGCAGGCGGCCUGCGAAUACAGCAUCGUGGACGCGCCCGUCCCUUUUCUCGACUGCUGCCGCUGCGACGAGCCUUGUCUGAGGCUGGACCGGGGGGGAAUUCCUAACACGGGGCCCCGGCAGGGGAGACUUCACCAACGUUAUCAACUGCAGCGGCAACAUGGCGAGCGCCUCGUACCACAUCUCCAACCUGCUGGAGAAAAUGACGUCCAGCGACAAGGACUUCAGAUUCAUGGCAACUAAUGACUUAAUGACUGAGCUUCAGAAGGACUCCAUUAAACUGGACGAUGAUAGUGAGAGGAAAGUUGUGAAGAUGAUUUUAAAGCUUUUGGAAGAUAAGAACGGUGAAGUUCAAAAUCUAGCUGUGAAAUGUCUUGGUCCUCUUGUAAGUAAAGUAAAAGAAUAUCAAGUGGAGACUAUUGUGGACACUCUCUGCACUAAUAUGUUGUCUGACAAGGAGCAGCUACGUGAUAUAUCUAGCAUUGGACUGAAAACUGUAAUUGGAGAGCUUCCGCCAGCUUCCAGUGGGUCUGCUUUGGCUGCAAAUGUUUGCAAAAAGAUUACUGGACGGCUCACAAGUGCUAUUGCAAAGCAGGAGGAUGUAUCUGUCCAGCUGGAAGCCUUGGACAUCAUGGCGGAUAUGCUGAGCAGACAGGGCGGGUUGCUUGUUAAUUUCCAUCCUUCAAUUCUGACCUGUUUGCUUCCACAAUUAACAAGCCCAAGACUGGCUGUAAGGAAAAGGACCAUCAUUGCACUUGGUCAUCUGGUUAUGAGUUGUGGGAACAUUGUAUUCAUUGAUCUCAUUGAGCACCUCUUGGCAGAGCUUUCUAAAAAUGAUUCGAUGUCUACCACUAGGACCUAUAUACAGUGCAUAGCUGCUAUCAGUAGGCAAGCGGGUCAUAGGAUUGGCGAAUAUUUGGAGAAAAUCAUUCCUCUUGUGGUUAAAUUUUGUAAUGUCGAUGAUGACGAACUGCGAGAAUACUGCAUUCAGGCUUUUGAAUCAUUUGUUAGACGAUGCCCCAAGGAAGUGUAUCCACAUGUAUCCACUAUUAUAAAUCUCUGUCUCAAGUACCUGACAUAUGAUCCCAACUACAACUAUGAUGAUGAGGAUGAAGAUGAAAAUGCAAUGGACGCUGAUGGUGCAGAUGAUGACGACCAAGGCAGUGAUGAUGAGUACAGUGAUGAUGAUGAUAUGAGCUGGAAGGUGAGACGUGCAGCUGCCAAGUGUCUGGAUGCGGUGGUCAGCACUCGUCAUGAGAUGCUGCCAGAAUUCUACAAGACAGUCUCUCCGGCAUUGAUAGUCAGGUUCAAAGAACGUGAAGAGAAUGUGAAGGCCGAUGUCUUUCAUGCAUAUCUAUCACUCCUGAAACAGACCAGGCCUGUACAAAGCUGGCUUUGUGACCCUGAUGCAAUGGAGCAAGGAGAGACUCCCUUGACAAUGCUACAAAGCCAGGUACCUAACAUUGUAAAGGCACUGCAUAAGCAAAUGAAGGAGAAGAGCGUGAAGACGCGGCAGUGUUGUUUUAAUAUGCUGACUGAGCUGGUCAAUGUGCUGCCGGGGGCUUUGACACAACAUAUUCCUGUUCUUGUGCCAGGAAUUAUCUUCUCGUUAAAUGACAAGUCAAGUUCUUCUAACCUGAAGAUAGAUGCUUUGUCAUGUUUGUAUGUAAUCCUCUGCAAUCAUUCUCCUCAAGUCUUCCACCCACACGUCCAGGUCUUGGUGGCACCUGUAGUGAUCUGUGUUGGAGAUCCAUUUUACAAAAUCACAUCUGAAGCCCUCUUAGUUACUCAGCAGCUUGUGAAAGUCAUUCGCCCACUGGAUCAGACUUCUUCUUCCUUUGAUGCGACCCCAUACAUAAAAGAUUUGUUUACAUGUACAAUCAAGAGGUUGAAAGCAGCAGAUAUUGAUCAAGAAGUAAAGGAACGGGCAAUCUCCUGCAUGGGUCAAAUAAUAUGUAGUUUAGGUGAUAAUUUGGGAAGUGAUCUCCCCAGUACACUUCAAAUUUUCCUGGAGAGAUUGAAGAAUGAGAUCACCCGAUUGACUACAGUGAAAGCUCUAACCUUAAUAGCUGGAUCUCCAUUGAAAAUUGAUCUGAGGCCAAUCUUGGGAGAAGGAGUGCCUAUCCUUGCCUCAUUUCUCCGGAAGAACCAGAGAGCGUUAAAACUUGGCACUCUUUCUGCUCUAGAUAUCUUGAUAAAAAAUUAUAGUGACAGUCUGACUGCAGCAAUGAUUGACGCAGUGCUGGACGAGCUUCCACCUCUUAUUAGUGAGAGUGAUAUGCAUGUGUCCCAGAUGGCAAUAAGCUUUCUCACAACAUUAGCUAAAGUUUAUCCAUCCUCUCUGUCAAAGAUCAGUGGAUCUAUCCUUAAUGAACUCAUUGGGCUUGUGAGGUCGCCGUUACUCCAAGGGGGAGCUCUUAGUGCAAUGUUAGAGUUUUUCCAAGCCUUAGUCGUGACAUCAACUGUGACUUUAGGCUACAUGGAUUUGCUGCGCAUGCUGACUGGCCCGGUGUAUGCCCAGAGUACGGCUCUCACCCACAAGCAGUCGUACUAUUCCAUUGCCAAAUGCGUAGCAGCCCUUACUCGAGCCUGCCCAAAAGAGGGACCAGCUGUCGUUGGUCAGUUUAUCCAAGAUGUUAAAAACUCUAGGUCUACAGAUUCAAUUCGUCUGUUGGCUUUGCUUUCUUUAGGUGAAGUUGGACAUCACAUUGAUCUCAGUGGACAGCUCGAGCUAAAAUCUGUUAUAUUAGAAGCAUUUUCCUCUCCUAGUGAAGAAGUGAAAUCUGCAGCAUCUUAUGCACUUGGAAGUAUCAGCGUAGGCAACCUACCAGAGUAUCUGCCCUUUGUCUUACAAGAGAUCACUAGUCAGCCCAAAAGGCAAUACCUCCUACUUCAUUCCUUGAAAGAAAUAAUAAGCUCUGCAACAGUAGUGGGCCUUAAGCCAUAUGUAGAGAACAUCUGGUCUUUACUACUGAAACACUCUGAAUGUGCUGAGGAAGGAACCAGGAAUGUUGUGGCCGAGUGCUUGGGCAAGCUGACACUGAUAGAUCCAGAGACUCUGUUACCAAGGCUCAAAGGAUAUUUGGCUGCAGGUUCAUCAUAUGCACGGAGCUCUGUAGUAACAGCUGUUAAGUUUACAAUUUCUGAUCAUCCUCAGCCCAUUGAUCCUCUGCUGAAAAAUUGCAUUGGUGACUUUUUAAAGACCUUGGAGGAUCCAGACCUAAAUGUGAGACGAGUAGCCCUAGUGACCUUUAAUUCUGCCGCACACAACAAGCCAUCCUUAAUCCGAGAUUUGCUUGAUUCUGUGCUUCCUCAUCUUUACAAUGAAACAAAAGUCAGAAAAGAACUGAUAAGAGAGGUGGAAAUGGGUCCUUUCAAACACACGGUUGAUGAUGGGCUAGACAUCCGGAAAGCAGCCUUUGAGUGUAUGUACACUCUUCUCGACAGCUGUCUGGACAGACUAGACAUCUUUGAAUUCUUAAACCAUGUGGAAGAUGGCUUGAAGGAUCAUUAUGACAUUAAGAUGCUGACAUUUUUAAUGUUGGUUAGACUGUCUACCUUAUGUCCAAGUGCUGUACUGCAGAGGCUUGAUAGAUUGGUAGAACCAUUGCGUGCCACCUGUACAACCAAGGUGAAAGCAAACUCUGUGAAACAAGAAUUUGAGAAGCAAGAUGAAUUAAAGCGCUCAGCAAUGAGAGCAGUGGCAGCACUUUUAACCAUUCCUGAAGCAGAGAAGAGCCCCUUAAUGAGUGAAUUCCAGUCCCAGAUCAGCUCAAAUCCUGAACUUGCCGCAAUAUUUGAAAGUAUUCAAAAAGAUACUUCAUCUGCCAACCUGGAAUCAAUGGACACAACUUAAAUAUUCCUAACCAAGUGGGACCAUAACAUUGAUCCAUAUGAUGCACUGAAAUUGACAGGUUCUAAAUAAGGCAAAAGAUUGAAAUCUUGCGUAUCAAGCUUCACAAUGCCCACAUUCUUAAAGGAGGGGGUUUGGCUUAAUUCCAUUGUUGCUUUUUGUAGCCUUUAUUCAAAGAAUAUGUUUCCAUAAUAAAGAGGUUAUUGGUUCUGCCAUUUUAAAGAUGGUGAUAAGUUAGAAUAUAUUAUGUGUGAAAUCCCUUCCAGCAGCCAUCUCCCCUUUAGGAUUCAAACUGUUAAAAUGGACCAUGAACACAUUUUAUUCCACGUUGUCUCUGGUUUCAGAGCUGAACACAUUUAGCUUUUGUAUUACUUUUUGUUCCUUGAUUCCGCUACAUAAAAGGCUUCUCUGGCUUGCAGAUCAAAGUCUUUGUAAUGUUUGUUACAUCAGACACAAUUGAGAAGUAAAGACUCCCUUUUAAAUUUGUGGUGGUAGAACACACUCCCUAAUCUGCACUUGCAUGACCAGGUUCACACAUAUAAUGUCUGUAAGAUAGCAUGCAUUUCUACAGAAACUGCAUAAUGUUUCCGGGUGCAGUUUAACCUUACGGGACUGACGAGCAUUUACAUGUACUAUACUAUAUUGUCCUAGCGUCUUUGCAGAACACUUAAGCAGUUCAGUGUAAGCACCUGACUGCUCUAGAAAACCUAUUCCAUCAAGGGUUUUAUAAGUUGUGUGAAAAUCUAGCUUUUGUUAAAGAGUUGGCCAAUUCCUGCCAAUGAAAUCACAAAAAAGUAUCAUAGAAGUGCAGAUAAUUGCCAUUUUGGAAAUAAAACAAAUUGUGUUCAUAUUACGUACAUGGGAACACCAAUAAAUAAGUGGCUCAUG